AUGAAGUUCCUAGCCCUUUCCGUGCUUGCCAGCUUGGCUGCAGCCUCGCCCAUUACUCUUGCAGCGCCUGAUGCAGACACACUCGAGGUUCGCCAGUUUGGUUCAAGCACCAGCAACGAGCUUGAGCAAGGCAGCAGUUCCAAAUGCCCCAAGGCGAUCUUCAUCUUCGCUCGUGCCAGCACUGAGACCGGCAACAUGGGCUCAUCCACCGGCCCCGCUGUCGCCAAGGCUCUCGAGCGCACCUACGGCGCCGAUCAAAUCUGGGUUCAAGGCGUCGGCGGCCCGUACGCUGCAGACCUCGCAUCCAACGCGCUCCCCGGCGGCACUUCGCAAGCCGCCAUCAACGAAGCAGUCCGCCUCUUCAACCUCGCCAACACCAAGUGCCCCACCACCCCCAUCGUGUCUGGCGGCUACAGCCAGGGCACUGCCGUUAUCGCUGGUGCUAUCCCUAAGCUCGGUGCUAGCUUGAGGGAGAGGGUUGUUGGUACAGUGCUGUUUGGGUACACGAAGAAUCAGCAGAAUCGUGGUGGGAUUGAGAGUUAUCCAAGUGAUGAUUUGGAGGUUUACUGUGCUACAGGAGAUAUGGUCUGCACGGGUACAUUGACGAUUACGGCGGCGCACUUUAGCUAUGCGGAUGAGGCUGCUGGGCCGGCGCCGCAGUUUUUGCAGGGCAAGAUUGGGAACUAA